AUGAAAUCAAAAACCCAAGUUUAAUCAGAUGAAGAUGUAGAUACUCUAGGUUCUUAUACAUCGAUGACUUAUGAUGACAAAACAAUAGAAGUGGUGCAAUAUAGAAAAGAGAAUUUCUUUCAAUUUGGAUCUUCCAUAUUGGCAGUAAUUUAUAUGGCUAAUACUAUGUUGAUUCCUAAUAUGAACUAACUUUUUAUUGAUAUAUCAUUUGAUAAUCCUUUAAAAAUGAUUAUUUCAGUGAUCAUAUAUUGGUUGCUCUCAUUUUUAAUUUUAAUACCAUGUUAUUUGGUUAUUAAAAUAUGCAAAAAAGAAGGUAACCCUAUUUAUGCCCAUAUAAUCAAAUAAGAUUCAACAAAAAUCUACAAUUCAUUCAUAUAUUGUAAUUUAAUAAUAAAUACCCUUGGAUUAUUUAACAUAAUCGUAAGAUUGGGAGACAGCUUACCAAAGGUUAAUCGAUGGUUUUACAUUGAAUUUCAUAAUUUAAUGGCUUCAGAAUAAGGAGGACUAUUCUUCCCAACAAUUGCUUGUUAUUCAACAAUAGUAUUAGGAUUAUUUUAUGGAUUUUAUAAAUUUUCGUACUUUGAACAUUACUAUGACAUUCAAUAUAGACUCAUAAUAUCAUUUGUUGGUAAAAUAUUCUUGAAUACUCUAAUAUUUUUAUUGAUUUACUAUGAAGUACCUGAUGCAAGUCAGGAGUACAUAUCAAUGGAUGAAAAGUACAUAUUUCCCUAUAUUAAAUUAGUUUAUUUGAUGCAGAUUUUACAAGUGGUGCAUCAGAAUGGAUAACUUAUUGCUUCAACUAAAUUUGUUGCAUUUCUUACCCUUUUUUUGAAGUGUUCUAUCUGAAAAGAGAAACUAAAAAGGGAUACUCCAAAGUUUAGCAAUGUUAUUGGAUAUAAUUGUUAUUGAGAUCUCUAAUAUUUUUUUAUUAGAUUACAACCUGGGGAAUUAUAAUCAGAUAAGAAAAAAUGAAGUAUUAUUAUUAGCCAUUGUUGUAAUCAUUAAACUCAUUGUUAAUUUUCCUCAUUUCCAUGUCCAUAACUUCAAUCUAUUCACAUAAUUACACAUUGAAUAAAGAACUAUUAGAAGACAAUAUAUAGACAGCAACAGAUGAAGAUAAUAAAAAACAAAUUAAGGAAAUCUAUAUGAUAGCUGCUGGAAUAUUUAUGUUUUAAAUAUUCAUUUGCAUAAUUUGUAGAUUUGUUAUAAGAGAAUUCGAAGUUCCUCAAAUUAAAUCAUUUAUUUUUUCAUUAUCUUAUAGUGUACAAACAAUCUGCUUUGGUUUUUCAUGUAUCAGCAUACCUGUAUAUUUGUGGAUUAAAAACUUUGACCCUAAAUCAAAUUUCUUUAGUGGAAUAGCUUAUUUGGCUAUAAUAGUCUACAUGAUUGUUUUUCUUGGGAUAAGUAGUGAGCCGUUUUUUUCAUUAAAACAGUGA